CCUCUCAUCACGGGGACACCGUUCCACAACAGCCGGUUCCAGAACAGCGCGUAUUCUGGCACCGACAUGCGCCAGAGAAACAAAAACUGGUGCGCACACGUUGUGCACAAGAACGUGAGCUGCGCAGUGGUGGGAGGCUCGGACAGCUUCGUGCAGCCGGAGCUUCUACCGUGUCCACCGGAUCUGCCAAACUGUGCUCAGCAAGUGAUAUACCGGACACACUUCAGGCCAAUUUAUAAGAUCGCAUACAAGACUGUAACAGAGCUGGAGUGGAGGUGCUGCCCGGGGUACCAGGGCCAUGACUGCAUGGAGGUGAAAGACCCCAGGAUACUCCAAGUAGACCACUGGCCUCAUGCUCCUUCUGCCACAAGACAUAUUCCAGUUCCACAAGUUCCAGAACAGGGAACUGAGAGCCAGAGAGGUCAUCCAUGGGGAGGGGGAGGGCAAUUUGGAGGUCAGACAGGCCACAGGCCCCUGGCUGGUCACAGAGGAUAUCAGAAUUCACAUCACCUGGAGGAGGAGGUGCAGCGACUGUCUGAGAUGGUCCUUGACAUGCAGUCCAGAAUGACAGACAUGACCUCCAAUCUUAGAGUGGAUUUCCAAGAAGAUGCAAGCAAAAUGUUUGUCACGCUGCUGAAUAACCUCCGACAACCUGUCAGUGCCCGAGGUGGAGAAACCCAAACCUUCCAGGUGCAGGACUUCUCCUUUGACCACGAGACAGUACCAGUCGAUGAAGUUAUGAACAAAAUUAGCCAGGUGUCAGAAGAUCUGGAGUCCAAGAGUAAAUCACUGGAUGAUCUGAUGAGCCGUGUCAACCAUCACGAUGGACAGAUUCGUCUGCUAAUGGAAGCUGCUGAGAGCCCAUUGUCCUCACCGACUCCUGCUUCCCCAGCGUCUGAUCCGCAACUACGUGCCUACCUGGACAGUAAAAUCCAAGCUCUGAGGGAGGAGCUGAUGGAGGGCAUGGACAUCAAAAUGGCAGACUUGAAGAAUUCAUGUGAUUAUAAAGUGAUGUCAGUUCGGGAGCUGUGCGAGGGCCAAGAUACUAAUUACCUCAGCCUGGCUGAGCUGAUGGACUCCAAGGAAACUGACCUUCGAAAAGAGAUCCAAGACCUUAAGACCAUGCUGGUUGAUCCACGCAAGGAAGGCACCCACAUAUCCGACUCUGUUCUCACUCGUGUCGAAAAAAACAUGGAGAUCCAGCUCAACUCAUCUGAGAAGACUGUGGCAGAGCGGUGUCUCUUUAUGGAGGAAAAACUGAAGAAAGAAAGGGAAGAUGCCAUUAAAGAUUUGAGGGACAAUCUGGAGGACAAGCUGAUCUCCAUGGAAGAAAGAAUUGCAACCCUGGCAGAUACAAGCGUCAUUUCCCAAUCUAGCCUUCAUCCAGAGAAUACAGGUGCACUGCAGAGGGAUGUAGAGUCUCUAAAGGGCUCUGUUCGGACAAUGGAAGAUAGACUAAAUGCAGUGGACAAGUUGCACUCAAAUGAGCACAAAGGUAAUUUUACUGAAGACCUUCAGCAAGACUUGCAUAGCUGCAAAAUUGCUAUUGGUGUCAUGGAGACUAGUCUAAAAGCCCACAUAAAUCACCUUGGAGCCAUGGAGGGGCAACUCUUCAACUGCAGCACUGGCAUUGAGAAUGCACAACAUGAGCUGAGCUCCAUGAAAGGGCACAUGGGCAGAUUGGAGGACUCACUAUCUGACCUGGUCAAUCAGCAGUCUCUGACCCCACAGACCAUCAACUCCACCUGGGGUCAUUUAGGGGCAGAGAAGGAGAUCAGUGACCUGUUGGACCUCCACAGGACACGACAUCAGGGGCUGAGAGAGCGGCUGGACGAACUGGGCAGGGAGGUGAAAGUCGGGGGCGACCAGUGCAGGGAGAAAACCGAGAAAGUCGAGAAGGAUAUUGCCCACAUAGACAGCCGUAUUGUUAGCGUGGAGGAUUUGUGUGGUAAGCUGGACCCUAUCUCUGGUAGCCUCCAGAGAAUCAAAGAGGGGCUGAAUAAACACGUCACUGCAUUGUGGACUUGUGUCAACCAGCUGAAUGGCACAGUCGGAGCUCAUGCCAGAGAUAUUGGAGGACUGAGGGGAAGUUCCCAGAACCUUCAGAACCACAUCGCAAAUAUAGCCAGAGACCUCCAGGUUCUGAUGGACAGCAAUCCUGAGAAGACAGGUAUUCAGGUUGCGAUGGAGGACACGGGACUCACCCAGGGUUCAAGUAAAGGCCUCGCAGCGCCUCUCGGCCCCGAGGACUCGUCUCUCUCUCAGCCACCUGUGAUGGAGACCGGAGAGGCGGGCCCUCCGGGUAAGAUGACCUCAUCCAAGUUGCCGGAAGGGACGAGCGGGAGCAUGAUGCCUUUUCUGGGUUUUGCUGGAGCUCCAGAUGUGAACAUGAUGCCCCAUGCACCGUCACCACAGAAACCUGCCAUGGUUUUAGAUGAGGAGGUGUCUUUCUCAGCCGGUCUCACUCUUCCACCGUUCCUGGGCGAGGCUGGCAUCAUUCGAUUCAACAAGGUCUUAGUGAAUGAUGGAGGACACUACGACCCUCACACAGGCAUCUUCAGCGCUCCCAUAGACGGCCGCUACCUGGUGAGCGCCGUGCUCGCAGCGCAGCGAGGUGAGAGGGUGGAGGCCGUCCUCAACGUCUCCAACCGCAGUGUCCAGAGGUUGGACUCGUCCGGUUUCUCGCCACAUCGCGAACAGUGUAACUGCAGCAGCGUCGCCUCACUGAGCCUGGUUCUCGAGUUGAAGCGAGGAGACCGAGCAGGACUCGUCAUGACGGCCGGAAAGCUCGCCGUCCCGGCCUCCUCCUCUGAGAUCCUGUCGUCUUUUAGUGCUGUCCUUCUUUACCCCAGCCCGUUGAAACGGUAGCCCUGCUACUUUCAGACUCUUACCUUGUGGUGCUCAUUGUUGCAGAUAAACUAUUUGUUAUAUUUUAUGAAAUGAGGAGGGGAAACGGAGAACACUCCAUCUCUAAAAAGAUCAUUUGUAUCAUGAGUACUAAUAUAUAGAGUGUAUUAUAUUGCAGUUAUAUUUUUAUUGUCUUGCAGAUAUCAACAUAGUUUACACAGUGCUGAUGAUCGGCCUGUAUUUCUCAGUAUAACAGGGUUUAGAGCUUGUGUCGCCCGGUGACACACAGGAAGUGACUCAUCAGGAUAGACGCAAAGCGAGAUGCUGCGAACGUAAAAAAAGUGACAGAAGUUUCUUUCUGCUGCUCAAAAAAAAAAACCUGGUCACUCAGCACAGUUUGACAGUAUAGCCGCUUCUUAACUCCACCCGCCCCUGCGCUGCUGCUGUAUAAACACAAACACUCCCUCAGUCAGGUCUCAUAGCUUUACUUGACAGAGCCGUUCUCAGAGGAAUCAUAUCAAUAUUGUUAUAUGAUCAUUUCUGCUCGCUAAUACCAAAAGCGUUACGUUUUGUUUACAACUUAGUUUUAUAAAAAUGUAUAUGUAGUUUAGAAAUAAUGCAGACAUUCAGUUUCACACGCUACAGAUGACCAUUUCACUAUGAAACUCAUUCAAGCUUUGAUUCCUCAUGUUUAGGUUUUAUUAAAGCAUCAUCCAGCGUUUGAUUGAACACUUUUACAGUUUACAGUAAAUAUACUAUAUGAAGAAUAUAUAUCUAUAUAUACAUUAGGGUUUGAUGCGGUAAAAAAAUGCCCUUACAAAAGUCCUUUACAGAGCCGAGCUCUCACACAGUCUGACAAACAAAAAUCAGAUUAGAACAGUCGAAUGUAUUUGUGCUUACAUUCUUACAUCAUAACGUCAACUGGAUUACCACAAGGUAAUGACAACAAUGUGCAGAGAACACUUAGCAGCAGCAGCUGUAACGCUCUAAUGAUUGAUGACUCAUGACUGAAACAAAAGACGACACUGUGUGUUCUCGUCACUUUCAUAGAAAGAAAUUUUUUUUAAAAAUCUAGCGGGAGAAUUUUCAAAGACAAGUUUGUCAGAAAAUACUGUCGUUCUGCUUCAGCUGCAGUUCAGAAAGUGCCUUUUCGCUCCCUCCCCCCCACACACACACACAUUGCACACAAGUAGUUGUGAGCUCUGAGCAAAGUCACCACACAUUUCUCCUUAAGUGUCCCUUAACUGUGCAAAAUCCUUUAGCUAUGGAGCAAAGAUAAUUGUUUACCUUUGUAUUAAAUAACACUGUUACAGAGCAGAUAAGGCCUUGAAAGGGAUGAGUACAAAACACUUCAUACACCGAGUGUUUGAGUUUCAUAUUGAACAAUCCUCAGUUUAAGUGUAGUACAGUAAAUAAGUGCUUUGUCAUCUACAAAAGGACUGGAGACUGGAUUUCCUAUAUACUGCUUUAAAGUACUCUUAAAGUGUGUUUGUAAGAGUUUCUGACUCAUCGUCAGCACUGUUUGUUUUUGCAGCUUUAUCUCGCUGUUCGAUAGCCUUUUAUUUUUUUAACAGGAAAUAGAAGUUUGUGAACCGCUCAUUCUCCCACACCAAAGGAAAAUCAGCAUUUUUAACUUACAUGGAAACAGGAGCUGCUGCUCUACUGCUGCCUCAUUUGGUAAGUUUGUGUCACUUUGUUAAAAUGUGAACAAAGGAUUUCAAACCCUGAAGUCACAAAAUAACACAUUUGAAGUAAUAAGUCAAGGCAGCUGUGACUCAACACCUCCUGUGUGCCCUUUUCUUAAUGGACUUUGGUGCUGGGAGAGUUUGACAGUUUACAAAAAGAAGCAAUUAAUGAAGCAAACAUGUUCCACAUAUAUUGUAGACUUAGAUUACAUUAAAAAAUCCUUUUUUUUUUUCUUCUCGUUUGUGCAUGUUUUCGUGCAUGAGACUUUGCCAGCUGGAAGACAGCGGGGAGCGUACACAGCUCAGGCGAUGUUGACAGAAAGCGUCAGUACCUCAUAAAACACAAUUUAAAAAACCUGAACUAUACCUUUACUGGCAUAGUUCAAAGCACAAAGAAUAUCCAGCUGGGAAUAAACCCUGAUAUAGUCAUUUCUAUUCCAAAAGUUUACUAAACUAGUAAACUAUUAUAUACUGCAGUUGUAGAAUGUAUAUAAAAUGAAUUUUUCAUCAGUAUUAAGCCAGUGUGUAUACAUACAUACAUAGGUAUAAGAGAAAUCACUACUCUUAAAGUUAAAGCAGCUCCUCAAAGCAAACCUCAGCGAUGGGCUGUCUCCAGAAACAGAAGGAGCUGAACUCCGGGCAGCUGAAGGUGGCGCUGUGCUGCGCGCUCCGUAGAGGAAAAACGUGUUCCACCAGCUCACUCAGCCGACUGUAACUUUAAAAAAAGAGAAAACAGUAGAGGGAACAAUAAGUGUUUGUGUGAGACAAGUGACAAAAAACAGUGAUGGUUCGGUGCUUACGAUGUUUUAUUGCCUUUGGCUUUCUCGAGGAUUAACUCUCCUUUGGGAUUCACUGUGAAUAUCCGGCACUCGGACACGCCCACUUGCUUGUAGGCGAAGACGUCCUUGAAUACAGAAAAAAGAAAUAAUAAUAAUUGAAUUAAUGAUUAUUACAAUGUGGUCAAGCAAUCAUUUUUAUUCAGCAAAUAAGCAGAACUUACACUUUCUCUGUUUCCAAAGGCUGCAUAGAAGGGACACGUGUUUGGGAGGAAGAGGUUCUUGAUGUCUGUGAGACAUUCGAUCUUAAACUUCUCAGGCUUCUUUUCUAUGAUCUCUCUAACAAGAAAAUGACAAAUAAUAAUAAUAAUAAUAAAAAAAUAUUAAAAACUUGA